AUGAGUCCAAUGGCAUUCGUACAAAAAUAUACACUUGAUGAAUUUCGAAAACAACGUAAAUCAAUAGUAGAAAAUAAUAUUACAUUAACACAUUGGAGUACAGAAUUGUUUCAAACACGUUCAAAGCUUAAUCUUCCUAAAAUAUCAAUGAAGAAAUUCGAUGCAUAUCAACGUGCACUCAUUCUUGGUACUGAUUGCGAUGACAGUUAA